AUGGCACGCCGAGACGCCGACGUCGAGCGCGACAGUCUCGAGGGCAGGUCCGAAGCGGAUCCCCUGCUGAGCUCCGACGCACCUGUCGGUUCGCCGCCCGAGGACGGGUCCGACAAGGCCUUCCGCCGCACCGUAAUCGCCAUGUGUGUCCUCUUCCUCUUCAUCGUCGAGACGAGCGGGGUCAUCAUCGAGCCGCCCAAGCUGCAGCUCAUGGAGGACAUCAUCUGCCGCGACCAGUACCCCGACCACCUGAUGGGCGUCGACGACGGCCGAUGCAAAGAUGCCGAGGUGCAGAAGACGCUCGCCAUGGUCCGCUCUUGGUCCUUGUCGUCCGAGAUGUUUGUCCCGCUCCUCGUCCAAAUCCCCUACGGCAUCAUCGCCGACAAGUACGGCCGCCGCAUCGUCCUCUUCCUCGCCCUCUUCGGCUGCUGCCUCCAGUUAGCCUGGGUCAUGGUCACUCGUGAGUCUCCGUCCUUCCUCGUCGCGCCCGGCGAGCGAGAGGCUAAUCGGCCAUGUCCAUCAGUGAGCUUCCCGGACGUCUUUUCCAUCUGGGCCAUGCUGUACGGCAGCAUCACCUACUUCAUCGGCGGCGGCGGACAGAUGGCGGUCGCCAUGCUCUGGACCAUCCUCGCCGACACGUUGCCCGUGGCCGAGCGCACCGCCGUCUUCUAUCAGCUCUACGCCAUGACGCUGCUGCUUGGCGUCGUCGUCAACCCCAUCGCGGCCAUGCUGCUCAACGUCGACCCGUGGAUCGCCAUGUGGCUCGGCUUCGGAGGUUUAAUCCUCGGCACCCUCGCCACCCUGCUGGUUCCCGAGACGGUGCAGAUUCGGCAAAAGGCCGACGGCAGCCGGCGGAGAAGCAGCGUCGGCGAUUGUGCCGUGCCGGCGAAGAGCAGGAUCCGGCAGGCUUGGUUUGCGGCCAAGAAUGACAUGUCGCACAUCUGGCGAUUCAUCUUUGCCUCGAAGAACGUCAUGAUUCUCAUGGCCGCCUACACCCUGUUCUCGCCCGUCAAGCUCAACAUCUCGUACAACCUCUUGCAAUACAUGACGAAGCGCUUCGGCUUGACCUGGUCCACCGCCACGCUCUACUCGACCGUCAUCAACUCCACCUCGGUCGUCGUUUUGCUAUUCAUGCUGCCGAUGGCCUCGUCCUUGCUGACCAAACGCUUCGGCUACGACGUCCUGCGACGGGACCUGCUCCUCGCCAGAAUAUCCGUCCUCUUCCUCGUCGUGGGGAGCUUCAGCCUCGCAUUCGCCGCCGUCCCGUGGCUGUUCAUCUCCUCGCUUGUCACGACAAGCCUCGGCGUCGGCUUCAUCGCCCUGUGCCGGGCCCUGCUCAACGCCAUCGUGGAGCCGCACACGAUCGCGACGCUCAACACGACCAUCUCGACGUUGGAGACGCUCGUCGGCCUCGUCGGCGCCCCCGCCCUCGGCUGGCUUCUGGGCCGAGGCAUCGAGCUUGGCGGGCCCUGGUUCGGCCUGCCCUUUUUGGUGACGGCCAUAUGCUCCGCCUUUGUGCUCGUCGCCGUCAUUGCCUUUAAGGUGCCGAAUGAUUUUGCGCGGCCUUGA